ACAUUCACCUGACUUAAUUUACGACAUCGAUUUGGCUUUGUGUCUCUUUAAUUUUCGAAGUGAGUGAGUGUUUCGGAUUAGGGUUUUGAAUUUCGAUACUCGUUCUGUUAACAAUGAUUGCAGCAAUUGUACGCCAAAAUGGCAUCAAUUUGUGCUUCAAGAAUUCUUCACCCCUCCGCAAAUCCGACGUUGUUUUCUCGCAUCUUCUUCUCCAUUUCUCUACUGUUAUCGACCCUACGGUUCCUGAAACGUUGACGCGCAAGCACAAUUUCUCUCCGGCAGCGGCUUCACAAGCCGCCCCAGUUCUCGCCCGCAUGAGGAAUCCAAACAAAUCCGAUUCGGCAAUCACAUUCCUCAAAGAAAACGGAUUCUCCAAAACCCAAGUGGAUAACAUUGUGAAAAUCUGGCCUCAGUUUCUCUCUGCCAAUCUCGAAAAAACAAUCAAGCCCAAAAUCAAGAUUUUCCAAGACUCGGGCUUUUCCGCAAACGACGCCGUCGCUAUAAUCUCGAACGAUCCUCGGAUUUUGAGGCAGAGCCUGAAAAAUAGAAUCAUCCCGUGUUUAUCUACAUUGAAGGGUUUGUUGGGAUCGAAUUUCGAAGUGGCUAGGCUUUUGAAGAACUGUGGAUGGUUCUUGGAAACUAACCUCGACAACAAUUUGAUACAAAACGUCGAGUUCUUGAAAAAUUACGGCUUGCCGCUGGAGCAGAUCACUUGGUCCAUGCAUUAUUUUCCUAUGAUUCUGCUGCGUAAGCCCGAGACUGUGAGGAAAUUUGUUUACAAGGCUGAGAAAAUGGGGGUUAGGAAAAGUUCUAGAAUGUUCAUUCACGCCGUUCGGCUGUUCAGUUCGAUGUCGGAGGAAACUCUGGAACUCAAGCUGAGGACUUUCCACGUGUUGGGGUUUUCCGAAGAUGAUAUAGCAGCGACGUUUAGAAGUGUCCCUUUGGUUUUCGGUGUGUCGGAGAAGAAGAUAAAGGAGGUGAAAGAUGUUCUCUUUGCCACCGGGAAGUACAAAAUGUCGUGCAUUGUUAAAAACCCCGUUUCGUUUAUGUACAGCGUCGAGAAAAGGUAUAAACCGCGGUUUAAAGUCUUGGAAAUUUUGGAAGGUGAGGGUUUGAUUGAGAAAUGGCCUUGUUUGGCUGUGCUAUGCAGAAUGUCUGGUAAGAAGUUCUAUGAGAAAUUCGUUGGUCCGUAUUUGGAUCAAGUUGGAGAUGUUUAUAUGGCGAAGGGUGUAAUAAUUGGAAACGGAGAAGUCGAACGAGGGUUUGAAUGUUAAAGAUACUAGUGUAGCUGGUGGUUAGUUUUGUGGCAACUUGUUGAAGAUGACUCAGCAGAAAUAUGAACUUAGUUCAGACAUUCACUUGUAUCUGCUUAUGUGUGAUAGGCAGUUGUGCUGAACUAUGUUGCAGCUCAGAUUUUAUUUCUCAUGUAAUGAUAUUGUAGCUGCCUUUAUGUUUAUUAUUUGAUGUUUAUUAAUUGUUUGGAUGAUAAUCUUAAUGUUUGUCCUUCAAAAUAAUAAGACAAUACCAAAUAUAU